AUGCUUCAUGAAGCAAUCUCUGUGACCUCCUUCGAAGGCGGCGGCGGCAAGGCCCUGCUCGUCACCGCCCCCAUCCCAAAGGGCACCGUCGUUUGGUGGGAGAACCAGGACGAGGAACCCGACUGGGUCUCCAUCCCACGAUGCAGGCUCUACAUCGACAACCUGCCCGCCGAAGCUCGCAAGAUCUUCGAGCACUAUAUGUACAAGGUGCGUCCCUUUCCGAUCUUCGUUUUUCUCUCGCACCCGGGCGGCUCGUACAGGCGCGCGGAUUCCCUGGUGGGACAUAUCCGCGUUGCCAUCCGUGAGCCGCGAAAGUACAUCGGCGGGGUCUCAAAGAUCAACUUUAGUCAGGUCGGCGAAGACGCGUACGAGUCCCUCCCCGAGUUCGACAGACUUCCCCACGACCAGUGGAAGCUGGGCGUCUCGGACGAUCCGUCGAUGUUCAUGAACCACAGCUGCGCACCCACGUGUUGGUUCGAGCCCGACGAACUCUACAAAAACGACGGCGUCGUCGUCAUGACUGCGACGCGCGAUCUCGUCCCCGGCGACGAGCUCACGUUCGACUACGCCACGAGCGAGGACGUCGAACAGAACUGGAAGUGCCUCUGCGGCGAGCCGACGUGCCGCGGCAGGGUGACCAGCGACGACUGGAAGGAUCCGGCGUUCCAGGCUAAGUACCGCGGGCACUGCAUGCCCCACGUCGAGGCGCUGAUGGCUAACGCCGCGAACGACGCCGCUCUCGGCCUGUUCGCCUUCGCGGACCUUCGCAGGAGCGGCGAGAUCGGCGGCGCGUUUUGGUCCCCCGAGGACGUCGCCAAAGCGGGCAGGGCCAAGUUGCCGGAGGCUUUCUGGAGCGCCGAGAAGUGCCGCGAAGAGGCUUCGAACGUCGCUGCGCAGGUCCCUCUCGCGAUUAAGACCCCACCGCCGGGUCCGGACAGUUGGGGCCGGCACCUCGUCUACCUCCCCGAGCAGGACGGCGAGGAAGCGAUGGCGGCGCCCAUCGUGGCGGGUCAAACCGUGAUGCUGAUGCCGCCCAACCUCCUGCUCCGCGAUCGCCAGAUGAAGGGCAGACGCGGGUACAUGGGCACCCUGUACAACGCCGCGCUGCAGGUCAGACCCAGCGCGCAGCGCCCCGGCGCGCUCUACUCCCUCUCCGAGACGCCGGAGGACCUCGACAACUACAUCAACCACUCUUGCGAUCCAAACUGCGACGUCGAGGUUUUCCCAACCAACUACCUCAUCAAGCUCACCGCCAACCGAGACAUCUUCCCCGGCGAACCCGUCACCAUCGACUACGAGACGACGGAGGAGGACAUGGUCGCGCAGGGAGAUCAGUUCGAGUGCGAGUGCGGCAGCGAGAACUGCCGCGGGAGGAUCCUCGGUUGGAAGUACAGAGCCGCGAGGGGGCCCAUCGCCAUCCCGCUCAAGGUUGGCGCCGAAGUCGACUCUCCCGCGGUGACCGAGCCAGCUCGCCCCGGGGUGCUCCAGCCGCUCGUGGAACCCGUCUCGGCGACCGCCUAGUCUUCGUUCGGUCUGGGCGAUCGUCGUCAUGUCAUCGACUUCAACGGUCCAGCACGCUCCACCGUGCUCGAGAGUCCGUUGAAGACGAUUCACGUCACGCGCGCGUUUGCGCCAACGGUUCAGUUGGCGUCGUCUCUGUUGUUGUACUUAACUGGAGUUUAGUCUUCA